AUGGAAAGAAUACAAAAAGAACGAGACGAGCUAAAGAAAAAUAAAGAAUUGGGAGAAAAAGAAAGGACGGAAAUAGAAAAACAAUAUCAGAAAAAUGAACAGCAACUCAAGAAACAAUUUGACAGUAAAAUAAAUGAAAUCAAAUUGCAAUUUGAGGUGGAAAAAAGCAAUGUAGAAAAAAUGAUACAACUUGAAAAAGAAACCUUAGAGAAAAAAUACAAAGAACUGACGGAUAAAUACAAGAAAGAAAGCAAAAACCUAGAACAACGAAUACUAAAUACCACUUUAGAGAAAGAUAAUGUGUGUAAACAGCUGGAAGAAACAAAACAGAAAAACCAACAACUGGAAACGAGUUAUCAAAAUCAGUGUCUGCGGCAUAAAACCGAACUUCGCGAUAAGGAAUUAGCUUUGACAGAAAUGAAGCAUAAAAACCAACUGCUUAUCAAGAAGCUUGAACUUGCUGAAGUAGCAAAUGCCGAGACUUUGGAAUCAAAACUAAAAGACCUGGAACAGCGAUAUGGGAAAAUCAAGGCUAAUUUACCAAAAGAAGAGAAACAGCGGAUUGAAAAGAAAAUCAACAAAUUACAGAUAAGAAACAGUUAUUUAUAUAAAGAUUGUUGUAUCAUAUAA